GGUUUAUAUAACCCUAUAUCUAACCCGUUUAGUUUUAGGACUUACAAACAACCGUUAUGUGGACAAAACUAUAAUACUCUCUUUAGCAACUUUUGUUGCGAGAGUAUAAAAAUCAUCACAUCAAACGAAAACAUAAAAGUCACAACUCAAUCCACUAACCACACCACAAGCACUUAUUUAUCAAUAAAUCGAAUUGAACAGUGAUAACCCCAAUCGAAGGAUUAUAGAGGAAAGGAUAAAGAGUAUGCUAGGUUUAGCGGUCUAAAUCUUGGGCUCCGACUUAAGAAACAUUGAGGCUUCUCUCUUCUAUCAAAAAAGAUAAAGUCUUAGUAUCAAGCAAACCCAUCGGUUUUAUCUUCUAUAACCUGCAUUACGUCGCACCCUAGUUGUUAUUAUGUAUCUAUCCAAUGGUAUACAAGACAUUAUCAAAAAUCAAAUACGAUAAUUUGCUAUAAUUUCCUCAUUAUUUAGGAUAAUGAGAAUGGACAAAUAGAAUACUAAACAAAGGGCAGCUACGUAAUUGAAUUCCUCCAAAAGAAAAUUACUCAAUUAAUUUAACAAAUGAUAUCUAAUGAUAGAAACAAGCGAAAAGAAACAGGGUAUAAAAGGAUUAUGCCAUAGACAUGUUGUUCUAAGUUCUGACGAACACCACUAGCGUUCACUUGUUCCCAAGCAAAUACGAAGAAAACGAAAUGUCGGAAACCUACACGUUGAACGACUGCUUGAAAUAUCCUUACUUCACUUUGGAUCUGGCCUCAACGGAACCCUUCACGUGGAGCGGCGCACCCACGCAUAGCUAUCGUAAGCUCUGGCUCAGGCGGGCGCUUUUCAUUUUCGGCGCUUUAAAUUUGGUUUAUCAAAAUGUUGGUAUGCUUAUUUAUCUAUUCAUGCCGCAUGAGAGCAGCGCCGAGACCACCAUUGCACAGAUAACUGAAACCGGUGGCAUUAUGGGACUGACUAUGGUUGGAACAUCGAAUAUGCUUGUCAUGUUUUGGUAUGCCGACCGCAUAGCGAUACUCUUGGAAAAAUUUCAACAGUUAUUCCCAACGGAGCGUGUACAAAGGCAGGUGAAACGUACAACACGGCGCCUGAGAGGUGUGGAAUUUCCACAUCGCAUUGAGUAUUUUGCGGUGAAAUCCAAUAAGCUGAUGAAGCUCGCCACCACACUUUACAUGUACGCAUUCGCUUACUACAAUUCGCUGCCGAUUGUCGAGUACCUGUACGAGUGGUCAACACCGGGCAUCGUAUGGAAGUAUCGUUACCAAUCAAAUACCUGGUAUCCCUGGCAGAAUGAGAGAAAUUCGAAAUCGUUUCUGUCAUUUGCGGUCGCUUAUAUCUGUCAAGUGCAGUCAUCGCUGACCGGCGUCGCCUUCAUUAUGGCUGCUGAAUUUAUGCUCUGCUUCUUCACGACCCAAUUGCAAAUACAUUUCGAUUAUUUGGCCAAUGCGCUGGAGACAAUCGAUGCCGCGGCGCCAAAUGCUAAUGAAGACUUGAAAUAUCUAAUAAACUAUCACAGUCAACUGCUGAGUUAUUCUAAGGAGACUAACGCUAUCUUCAACGUAUCGUUUAUGGUGAAUCUCUGCACCUCUUCUAUCGCGAUCUGCUUGAUGGGUUUCUCCAUGGUAAUGAUCAGUUUGGCCCAUGCCUUCAAAUACUCGAUCGGUUUGACUGCUUUCAUUGUCUUUACAUUCUUCAUAUGUUAUACUGGCAAGGAACUAACAGAAACGAGCGACAAACUUUUGCACGCCGCUUUCUAUGGCAACUGGUAUGAUGGCAAUUUGGCUUAUCGGAAAAUGAUACUAUUCUUUAUUAUGCGCUGUCGCAUACCAACCGAAUUGAGAGCAUACAAAUUCACAGUUUCAAUGCCCACCUUCACCGCGAUUCUAAGAUCGUCCUAUAGUUUGUUCACAUUUUUUCAAGCUAUGGGCAAAUAGAAUUAUAUUCUCGUUGGAAUAACAAUUAAAUUAUUUACUAAUGAAUCACAUCAACCCAACUCAACUUUUGCAAAUGGAAGCAUUUUAACGUAUCUCCCUCAUCGGAGCGCUGUUCGGAAGAAUACUCAACCAAAAAAUGUGGCCUACAUCUAGGCACAACAUCAAAUACCAUAGAACUUUUAAAUCAGUGAAGUCUCACACCUUUUAGCUUAAAGUUUUCGGGAUCAUUUAGAACUUAGAUUCUAUAAAAAUUGUUAAUUUAAAAAACAUAUGUGUAAUAAAAAAAUUACUAAUUCAAGUAAUUCAAAA